UUAUUCCACGAACAAUCGCUUCAACUUAUAGCUAUCGUAGUAUUUGAUCUAGGAUGGGCCUUGUAUGGAAUUGGCCAAGCUCUUAUUAUUAAAUAUUUUCGGGAUCGAAUUGAAACAAUUCCUUCAUGUCAAGAAUUUCCUCAAUAUGAUCUCACUUUUCGUUAUUUUGAUAUCCCAUAUUCUGCAGUUUAUUUUGCUAUUGCUUUGCUAUCGUCUUUUAUUUCUUUCAAAUUGUAUCAACAAUUUGGUUGGAAGAUUUACAAAAAGAUUGGUGCUGACUUGAAGUUUAAAGCUUUGUACAUGAAGCGUCUUAUAUUUGUAACAUUGCUGAAAUAUGAAUUAUAUUUUUUCCUUCUGUUCGUAAUUCUAAAUGGUCUAAGGCCGUGGCUUUAUGAUAAAACUUCUCAAUUUUUAUGGGAUUUUCAUACUAUCGAAA